AUGACGAUUGAGGCUGUUGUUUACAGCCACUGGUCAUCUGGGAACCCUAAUCUGCAUCAUCAUCGGUCAUUUGAGGGGUACUGUGAAAACAUUCCACAAGGCGCGGUUAGAGUGGAAUUAUGGGUAGGACAGUGUAGUAGCUGGACCCUGGGUGAUGCUUACACCGGAUGGGAGUCAGUGUCCCGGAUAAUGAUAGAAGAAGUAUCUAGGUCACAGUCCUAAUAAGAGCGUCUCCCUCCUUUCCUUAGCUUCUAAAACAAGUUUAAAAAGUUUGUCCUUCCAAGUGGUUUUUCCUUUUUUUUUUUUUUUUUUUUUUUUGUGCGCGGAAUGAAUGUUGUGUGCGUGUGUGUUAAGAAAUUCAUAUACAAAUAUAGAAAAAUAUAACGCGUGCGGAGGCCAUUUUAUUCAGCGUAAACAUCGCCGGCUUAAGAGUAUCCGUAUUUCGCUUGUUUUGUUAUUCACUCUGUUUUCUAUCCUUGCGUAGAGCAGAACUCGAUACUAAUAACGUAAACAUUUGAACAACAGAAAAGAACCAGAACAGAUCAACUUCAAGGAAUGUAAAAUAUAAACACCGAUUACCUUAAAAUCAUGAUCAAAGAAAACAAUCUAAAGGACUUGGCAUGGCUUGCUGGCCCUGAAUCAAAAUUCUAAUUUAAUACUUAACACCACCGACCUUGCAGAAGUAGAUACACCAUAAACAUUUAACUGAGGUCAUCUUGAAUUGUUGGCAUGUUAAAAAGAGAACAAACUCGAACAAAGCAUAAUCAGAAAUCAAUAAAAACGAAGCAACAACUAUCUUACACGCAAUAUGGUAUUGAGGUCUUAAAAUUCUCUUUUAUUUAAACUACGCAUUUUUUUAGUCAUUUGGUCCGAACAAACAAAACGUGCGUGUCCAUGGGUCAGUGGGAAAAUUAUCUGAUGGUGUAAAGAUUAAAAAUAGAAACCCAACCUAUGUUUUGGGCUUGUUUAGCUGGAGCUUGACCAAAAUUUUAGUUGACUACUCACACGUACUGAUUAUCCACUUAAAAGGGCCGGAUAUUAUUUAGUAGGUGGCUGCAUUAAAUAUUUAGUUGUUCGAGAAAGAAAUAGGAACAAGGACCAAAUUAGUAACGACAAAAAUAUUACUGCCUUAAAAAUUUCAAAUCAGCAGUUGAGCAAUAUUCGCUAUCCAAUAAAAGAGCAGAAAGCACGGAUCACAAAACACUUCUGCAGCAUUUCGCUCUCCUAUUGAUGUAUGUUUUUCUGCGAAUUCGCUGGGAACAGCCAACUCACCUCAAAUAUCUCUUUACUCUUGAUAAAAUGUGAUAAAAUUCCAUGAAAAUAAGGGUGACCUGUUUCUGCUAAACACUUUAAACAGUGACCUUAGAGCAACAGAAAGCUACUAAUUCUUAACUUCUUUUUUGUUUAAAUAACUCCACUUCAAAUGGAAAAGGGAAAAUGUUUAACUAAGGGGUUUCUAGGAACUUUUAUCUGAAGCGUGCUGUAAAUAAGAGGACUCGAAGACACAAGAAAAUAAGUAAACCAAGAAAAUGAUAAGUAACACACGACAGAUUCUUCGAACUAAUGUGUUUUUUUGUCAGAACCAUCCUAUCAAACCAGCCAUCCAGAACUGAUCCAAAAUACUUGAAUGCAAACAGAUUAAACUGCUUUAUUUUUUGCUGCCUUCAGUGGUUACGUCAUGGUAUAUUGAAAAGUUGCAAAGAUGCACUGAAGAUGGAGAAGAGAAUACCGAUCAAUAAUUUUAUUAGAGCACAAGUAUAGUAGAGGGGGAUUGCAUAAACACGCGAUAAGCAAAAGCCGAAAACAACUGUCCUACUUCCUGUAGUGUACAUCGGAUCUCCCAAUCUGUGUUCUAUACGUCUUGUUAUAACUAAAUUAGCUAAAUAACUGGACGAUAACAAUCAUUUCUGUCAUUAUCAUUAGUAUUAUUAUUAUGAUUUAUUUUUUUAAUCCACAUUAAACUUUAAAAAUAGAUGCACUGGCCGGUAAUCGAACCCGGGCCUGCAGUGUGGCAAGAGAGAAUUCUAACUCUGAAUUGGUACUAGUGUCCUAUAAUUAAAACUGACUCGUCGCCUUAAAAAAGGCAUUGUUGUUGAAUUUUCAUGGUGAAAAGAAAAAAGGAAAAGGGAAGCCAAACAGAAGAAAAACCCACAAAAACAAACAAACCAAGAAACAAAAAAGGCAAGGUAGGAAAGGGUAUACAAAUAAUCCAGGAGUAAGCGCGCUAACCUUGUCAGGGAGGCCUUGGUGUAAUGGAGGGCUAUCUAAUCUUUGCUUAUGGACUUUUCACUUUAAAUUCACUUUCUUGUUUAUGAAAAAGGAAAGUGCAAGAAAUUCACGCGUAUUUAAAUGGUAAUGAGAAAGAAGAAAGCCCGUUUGGAGCGGAUUUUUGAUCGACGAAAAAAAGAACCAAAGCAGCUUGUCAGCGGUAAAAUUAAACACUAUUAGUAUUCCUUUUCUAGAGAAACUGUAAAAACCUUUGGCUAAAGCUUAUUUUUUGCAAAAUUCUACUCACAGUUAAAUUUCCUGGACGAGCUGAAAUUAUUUCCAUUUAAUAUGAUUAAAAACGUACAGAAAGAAAGACAAAGGGAAAAAAAUCUGGAAUUCUGUUUCUUUUCUUUCUCAGUUUGUUGGUCCUUAUUAUCUCUGAGUUUUAAAACAAAGCAACAACAGCCAAGUUCGAGCUUGUUUAGAAACACGAUCUAAGUACUUAGCAGGGGAAUCAUGAUGAGAAGGUCAAGACUUGACAUUUUUGGCGUGUUAGCAAAGAGAAACUUCCUGUAAAAAAAAAAAAACAAGAAAAAACAGCUAUCAGAGCUAUCAAAGUCUUAAUGCUCUUGUAAUUAAAUUACUAAACUCUGCUUACGUGCACGUUAACAAAAAACAAAGAUGAAAUCUCAUUUAAGCUUUGCUGUUUGUACUCAAGAAACGGGCAUGGCAGUGAUAUUAGACAGUAGCUAGAUGCGGAAAAACGCUUCUGUCCUUAUCAAGGGGAAGUAUUUAUGCCGAUUCUCUAGCUAGGAAUUUGGGUAGCUUUCACUGAAGUUCUCAUCGAAGUCACAACAGAGAUGACACUCGAGUGAUGGCAUUAACUGGCCGCUUGUCUGAGUGGCAGUUUAACUGACGGUCAAACAAAGACGCAUUUAAAUUAACAGCGAUAAUACUAAACAACUAGUUAUUUUCAGCAAUGGUGGGGCUAAAAAUUCGCCCAGAAUCAAAACUAAAUCAUAAUCGCACAGAAGUUCUCCCAACAAAUGGCAAAGAGGGACAGAGGGGAGGGUGAAAACAAGAGGGAGCGAAUGCAGGAAUGUAUACAGUUGUACGCUCCUUUAAUACAGCGAUGAAAUUGAUUGCCUCUUGAAAGAGAAGUUAGGCUGACAUGGAUCGGAUGACCAACUAUGGAGCUAGACAACAAAGACAUAUUACAUUGUAUCGACAUAAAUAGCAUAAUAUGAUUUUGCCUUGACAUGACAUUUGAUUUUCACUGGUUUUGUUGCUAUUUAUCCGUUUUCUCUCUUUGCUAAGACUUCCUUACUAAUGAUAAAUGCUUAGCAACAGAAUCUUCAAAGAAUAUAGCUAAUGAACUUUUUCAGGUUGGUACUUGCGUGGCUGGCACUGAGUUAAAAUUGUAAUUUAAUAAUAAGCACCAACCACCUGGAAGGGGGUGCUUUUAAGAGGUUACAACCCUAAAUUUUUUGUGGAUUAGAACUAAAAAAGAAAACAGGCCACCAUCAAGAAAAAUUAGGCAACAUGUAUCGUGCACAUAACAAAGUUACUACUACCAUAAUAUGGUUAAAAUUACGCAUUUGUUUCAGUACAAUGUCCAAGUUCUGAAUAGUGCAAACGUAUAAUGAGGCCGAGUUAAAGUGGUUACUGCAAAGGAAAAAUCGAACGCAAAGGAAACGUGCACAGGUAAUUGAUAUGGUAAGUAAAAGAUAUGAGGUAAAUAAUCUAGUGAUUUAAAUAUAAUAUUAUAUAACUGCAAACUAAAACUAUAACUGCACGUAUAACGACUAUCUUGAAAAGGGAAGCUUGUUCGAGAACGAAAACAAACAAAUAUUUCUACCAUAAAAGGAAAUAAAAUAAGGGUAGCCAGCAACAUUAAAACAGGAUCAAAACAAAUAUUUGCUAUUUAACUGAUGAGCACGUAGCACUGGUUUUCAGUAAUCGCAGUGUUCUGGUUGAGUUUUAAUAAUGGUUCAGCAUUUCGCUGUUUUCUUGGUUUUCUCCCUUUCUGGCGGUUCACUGGGAACAACAACCUCACCUCAGCAACAAAACACCUCAAAGUUAAAAGAUUUAUGCGAGGUAUGAAACAAUUAUUCUGUUUUAGCUGAUAUUUUUGUGUUUUGGGUAGUGAAAAAUGGUUGGUCUCAUGGAUUUGUUCGGAUCUACCCAGUUUUAGACAAUUUAUUUCGAAGUUUCUGAGUAAUAGACAGGUAUCGAUUGACGGCACCGUGCUUUUUCUGAGCUUCACGAAUUAUUAUUGAGUUGAUAAAUAACGUAAACCUCAACUUUUCUGUUGUUAAGUCUGCGUUUCAAGAUUUGCCCCGAAAGGUUAGUCUCACGGAUUUGUUCGGAUCUACCCAGUUUUAGACAAUUUAUUUCGCAGUUUCUGAGUAAUAGACAGCUGUCGAUUGACGGCUGUGUCGUGUCAGUUAAAUUGAGGGUGGAGCUUUCCUUUUUAGGGUUGUAUUGAUAAGAAGGCAAGCAGCGAAAGAAAUGUGAAUGAACUUUGUUUUAAAAAGGAAUUUCUCUUUCCACUAUACACUAUCUUAAAAUAUCCCUAGCUUUUAAGAUUUUUUUGGUUGUAAAAAAAAUAUCAUUAAUUUACCUUUAUUAUUAUAUAUAUCAUUGCUAUGAUUGUUAUCGUUGUAUUUGGUUAUGAAUCAGUCAAUUCCAGCUGCGCCCAGGCAUUAGCAUUUUUUAUUGACUUGUAUGGCAAAUUCCCGGGGGUUGGGACUCUUGAGCUGUCAAAUCCCCGGAAAUGGGAACGAAAAGAGAGGGUAAAUGUCCCGUCCUCCGUCAGCUCGCAGAGUCAGAUAAUGCAAUUUAAGCAUUUUAAUGUGCCAUUUUUCGUUUCAGUUUAUCAAUAUAAGUAGCCUUGCUAAAAUAAUCCUUGAUAUAAAAUUCCUGCUUGGUUAUUUAUUAAACUUCCGGUUUCACAUGGAUUAUUAUAGGUUUUCAUGAAUUUUGAUUAAAAAUUCCCGCCGUUCUUCACUACAAACUGAAUAUGUACGCUUUCAUUCCCGCUUUGCCUCAAAGACAGACUGCAAUUACUCUCUAAAUACAUUACCUCCGUUUACUGCUACAAAAGGCUAUGGUUCUUCUUUUAAUUACACAUCCUUACUUUCAGAAAUCUGUACUGAGUCAUGGUUUUCCAGGCAUACCAGGGUCAAAUGGCAUGCCGGGAAUGCCAGGCGUGCCUGGGCCGCAGGAACCCCAGGGAAGAGAAGGUCCAAAAGGACAAAUUGGUGAUAAGGGAUCGCAAGGAGUGCAGGGUCUAAGAGGAGACAGAGGGCGCGAAGGACCUCCCGGGAAGAGCGGACCGCCAGGAAAUAUGGGAAUGAAAGGUGAAUCGGGGCCUGUGGGAAUGAAAGGAGAGCCAGGCAUUGUGGGAAAUCAAGGAAGAAAAGGAGACAAAGGAGAGAAAGGAGAAAGCGCCAAAGCAAGUCAAGCAAGUGUAGUACCACAAACCAACUGGAAACAAUGUGUGUGGAAAUCAGCUAGCGGUACUGAUAACGGAAAGAUUAAGGUAAACAAGAAACGCGCUAAAAGCUAAACACGAACUAUUUAUAGCGGAGCACCAUUACUAAGAUAAUCUGGUAAACUAUCCAUCCGAAAAAUUUUGGUUAUGACGUCAGCGUACGUCCGUCCCUACGGACUUUCCGGGUAGUGGAAAGUAGUCCGCACGGACUCUUGGGGUAGGGGAAAGUAGAGAUUUUUUUGGCGGGAAAUGGCAUCGCGCAACGUCGCGCAAUUAUAUCGCGCAACUGGUUUUGAAAAAAGAAAUUUCAAAGCAACACACCAAAAGGAUUUUUCGACUUGGUACAGAGCUCUCAACAGCAGAGAGAUUUUAGCGUGUAGACGACAGGUUUUAAGCAGAGAGCGAAGAGAAGGUGAGCGGCAGAGAGCAAGAGUCAACACGCGUAGUGCAAGCGAAGACUAUCGCCAAAGAGAGCGCGUUAGAAGUAGAAGAAGAAGACAAAAUUUUAUCGAAGAAAGUCGGCAAGUAGAAAGAGUUAGGGCGAAAAGAAGGAGAGAUAAUUAUAGUGAAAAGCGCCGGCAAGCAGAACGAGACAGAGCUAGAAUGAAUAGACAAAGCAACGCGAAAGAGAAAUACAAAGGCAAAGAGAACGGCAGCAAAAUAAUAACAUGAUGACAGGAAGUGUUGUGUUAAUGUCAGUAUUACCCUGCGCUUUACAUUUUGAUUUCAAACUGAUCUCGGACGCCAAAAUUAAUCCAGUCAUUUAAAAGUACAAGCAGGGAAGACAGAGGCUUUUUACUUUUCUCACCAUAGUCGCGCGUUGAUCACGCUCUACGACCGUCCAAUUUUUAUGCUCUGAUUGGUCAAAAUUUGUCAGGUGAGUUCAUGCAGAAAAUUUAUACAGCAUCUUGAAACUUGUUUACUUUAACAGCUGAAGCUGACAGUUUUUUUGUCAACUUGUGAUGUUUUUUACUGUCUUUUUCCACUGGAUGCAUAAAAUGAAAUACAGCUGCUAUCAACAGUCUUCUGUUAUUCAUGGCUGGUUUGUUUAUUGAAUUUUUGGUUGAGAAAUACGCCGCUUGUCUUCGGAUGACAUCGUUUUCGUUUUUCACCUUGCUGGAUGCGGGUUGAAAAGUCCCUCAAGCGAUUCUGGCCUUACUUGAUAGCUUUCAGGAGCUGCAUCUCGAAUGGUAAGCCUGAGUAAUUAUUGUAUACAGUGUAUGUGUUUGUUUUUUUUAUAUCUAAUUUCAUGAAGUCGAGCGCAGUUUAUGAGGCCAGUUUAUGCACGUUUGUAUUAAGAUCUGAGACAAUGAUCUGAUCUAGUAUGAGGUUUGAUAUAAGGUUACAGAGCUUUAAAAAGCCUUUAGUCGAUAUUUUCUCUCCGCAAAUAGAAAGAAAAAACGCUCCGAAGAGUAUUUAGUUAUAAUUUUGGCUGUAGAAAGAAAGCUUUGAGCGAUUUUCUGGUCUCGAGUUCAUCUUUGAAAACAGUAAACACCAGGAAGCCGGCUUAAAGUCUCAGGAUUUUUAGAGACGCUUUAAUACUUGUCUUCGUGAAUGAGAAUUGUUGUCUCUGUAAAUGUUUCACCGAAUUACAUUUCUUUUAUUGACUGUUAGUAGUCUCUUGCAAUUUUAAUCACUUUGCCGUUUGUUUUCAGUCGUUCUUCGCUUGCAGGAGUACUCAAAAUGCCGCGCGUAUCAAACGCUUUUUAAGAUUACAGAUCGUUAUAAAACAAUGAAAUAAAAAAAAAAAAACGCAAUAAAUUCUUUAUUAUGUUGAAGCGUAACUCUUUUAAUGUUCACUGAAAAUUUGGAGCUUGUCAAAAGUGAGAACCGGCUGGCCGUAUAGGUGAUUUUGGAAAUUUUUUGAACGGUUUUGCUAAAAGCCCACGCGUGCUUCGUACGGUUCUGAAUAUUGAAUGAGUGCAAUUUGCCUUGAAAAAUUGUGAAAUACUGCAUUUUGUCUGAGGUCUGUAUGAUAAAAACAGCGCCUCAUAUCAUGAUGUAUAAAAAGUAUGAAAUGUUGGUUUGCACGCACCCAGAGCUGUUGGCAAGAUUUUGUUAAGUAAACUUGUCGAACGCAAAAAACUCGGCUUGAUUUGUUUUCCAAGAAUUCGUUUCCCAGCCCUAAUCUACUGUGAUCAAGAGCCAUUAUGGCUCUUAAAUGUGAUCGAAGAUGAUUGCUAUUUUUUGGGUGUAUAUAUACGGCUAUCAAUUCGAUGUAAGAUUUUUUUUUCACUCUAAAAUCACUUAGCCUUAGCUUUCCCUAAAAAGUCACAUGUGUGCCCUUAAGUUAACUGAUUUGUGGAUUACAAGUUUAUUGUUUGAUUUAAAUUAUAACUUUAUUAAUGGGAGCUUCGCUUUUAGCCCUGGCUAAAUCUAUAUAUGAAGUAAGAAAGAUGGUGUUCAUAAGUGAAAAGAGGUCGAAAAACCGUUUUCUGAGAUAAACCUUUAAAGUACAACUAUGAUCCCAACCUCAUUGUCUCAGCCUUCAUCCUAAAUCAACCUUUCUCCAGCUGGCCGGCAUUAAUUUUUGUAGAAAAAUGUGAAACAGCAAACUGAUCCUUACGGCAAGGCGAUGAAGAAGUAGACAAAAGAAUAAUAGGAAAAAAUAUGUAUUUAAACAAACUGCUCAAUAUUUCGGUUUGAAAACAAACCUUCUUCAGGGGCUAAAAGAAAAAAAAAAAGAACAAAAAGAACAAAAAAUUCGUUACAAAUAAGAAUUUGAAAAUGUGACAAUAAAAACAAUGAAUUAUUUUGGUAUGGGAGACUAGGUGGUAUCAUAUAUCACUGAGUGAGCUUCGUCACGUCUAUUUAUUCCUAGAGGAAAUAAUGUGUUCCCUUUGUAUAUUAAAUGAGCUUCUCGAGCCUUUCUAACUGCGAGAGAUACGCCACCACUCAUUAGUUUGUUGCUGUGCACUUCCUGAUAUUUUAUAUACUAUUUUUUGUGUUAUUUAGCGUUAUUAAAGUUGCUGACAUUUUAAUCGCUUUUUUUUUUUCAAGGACUGUGCUUUUAACAAGUUGAAAUCCGACACAGUGCUUAAAGUCUCAUUCCAGGGAAACAUAUUGGUUUAUGGUGAUCAAAAGUGUAACCGGUGGUAUUUCAAGUUCAAUGGAAACGAAUGCAGUGGACCAAUGACGAUUGAGGCUGCUGUUUACAACGACUGGUCAUCUGGGAACGCUUUUCUGUAUCAUCAUCGGUCAUUUGAGGGGUACUGUGAAAACAUUCCACAAGGAGCGGUUAGAGUGGAAUUAUGGGUAGGAAAGUGCAGUGGCCACACCCUGGGUAAUGCUCACACUGGGUGGAAUUCAGUGUCCCGAAUAAUGAUAGAAGAAGUAUCUAGGUCCCAGUCUUAAUAAGGCGUCUCCUUCCUUUCCGUGGUUUCCAAAAGAUUAGCUUUCCAAGUGUUUUUUUUUUCGUGCGACGACUGAAUAUUGUGUGAGUGUGUGUUAAGAAAACCAUAUACAAAUAUAGACUGAAAAUAUAACGCGUGCAGAGGCAAUUUGAUUUAACGUAAGCUUCGCCGACUCAAGAGUACUUGCCAGCCAAACGUCAGCGGCCGUUUUUAUACUUCAGGACGCAUUAUUCGUCAAGACGGAUAAUGCGUCUAUGGCCGUUUUUAUACUAAAGACGUAUUGUCCGUCUGGACGAACUUGGGCAAAUAUUAGUAGUUCAUCUGUUUAAGCGUCUCAAGUAUAAAGACGGGCACAAGACGCAUUAUGCGUCUCG